AUGGAGGGGGAUGCGGAGAACUGCCUGGCGCUGACGCCGCUGAGGGUGUUCACGGUCCAGGCCUCCUGCCGUAGGAUAAAGGACGGUCUCAGGGUCCAGGUGUAUUCCUUCAGCAUCCCGGAGAGCCUCUGCGCGGAGCUGGAGGAGGUGCUGGGUGCCUGGUGUGAUGACCUGAGGGAGGCCUUCAGUGCACAGAGUGACUUUGUAGAUCUCUGCAUUUCAAGCGAAGUGGUGUCUCUUCCAGCGGUUGCCUUGUAA